AUGAAACAGCCACCAGGCUACGAGGAUUCGACUAAUCCGGGGCAUGUCUGUCACUUACAGCAUUCCCUAUAUGGCUUGAAACAGGCACCACGGGCCUGGUUCAAGAGAUUGCAUGAUUUCUUAUUGUCUGCAGGGUUUAACUCAUCGAAAACAAAUGUCUCUUUGUUUUACUAUACUGCUGGGGGCGCACGGGUGUUUCUGCUUGUGUAUGUUGACGACAUUAUUAUGAUGGGGACUGACGCAACUUUGGUCACUACUUUAUUGGGUCGUUUGGCUUCUACCUUUAAAAUACGGGAUCUUGGGAGCCCACGGUUCUUCUUAGGCAUUGAGACAGUUCCAUUUGACAAUGGUCUCCUUCUUUCACAACGCCGCUAUAUGACUGAUCUCCUAGGGCGGUCUGGGAUGGCUGACUGUAAGCCACUUACCACACCGGCCGCUGUCACAAAGUCAGUCAUACAGACAGAUGAGUUGCAUGACAACCCGACUCAAUAUCGUCGCAUAGUUGGUGCCCUGCAAUAUCUAACCAUUACACGGCCUGAUCUUCCAUAUGCAGUCAAUCGCCUAUGCUAG